AUGCACUGCCCUGCGAAUGUCACUUUAAUCACCGGUGGUGGUGAGCCGGGGCAUACUAAUGGACGUUGAAGCAAGGCCAGAUUUAAGAACCCAGCUGGCGUGGCGGUGAGGGAGGAGGAGCUUUACGUUUGCGAUCAAGGGGAUGGUACCAUUAGAGUGGUAAAUAUGAGAUCGCUUUUCUUCCAUGCAUCCAGGAUUGGCCAAGAAGAUCCAGACGCCGAGGAAAGCCAAAGUGAGGAAGAGGAUUUCGCCAUAAGACGAAUUCGCAAAGUGUCUGUGCACAAUCUUUCCCUUAUUCCAGAGGAAAAUGUACCUGAUUUGGUAUCGCCUUUUGCCAUAUGUGCAGCCACAAAGGAUAACUUUGAACUUUAUGUAUCAGAUUUUUGCCUUUCAAGGUUUUCAAGAUUACCAGUGCUAUAG